CUACGCUGCCGCUGUUUCCAGGAGUGGGCGGAGCGGUACGGGCCUAUCUUCUCCGUGUGGUUCGGCUCCUCCCUCACCGUCGUCGUCUCCACGCCGGAGCUGGCCAAGGAGGUGCUCAAGGAGCACGACCAGCAGCUCGCCAACCGCACCCGGAACCGCUCCACCCAGCGCUUCAGCCGCAACGGCCAGGACCUCGUCUGGGCCGACUACGGCCCGCACUACAUCAAGGGGCGCAAGCUGUGCAAUCUCGAGCUCUUCACACAGAAGCGGCUCGAGGCGCUGCGCCCCAUCCGGGAGGACGAGGUCACUGCCAUGGUCGCGUCCGUCCACCGCGCCGCCAUCGGCCCCGGUAAUGAAGGAAAGCCAUUAGUUGUGAGGAGUCACCUUGCUAUGGUGUCUUUCAACAAUAUAACACGGCUAGUUUUUGGGAAGCGGUUCAUGAAUGCAAAUGGUGACAUUAACGAAGAAGGGCAGGAGUUGAACAGUAUUGUCAACAACGGGAUAAAAAUAGGUGCAUCUCUCUCUAUUGCUGAAUAUGUUUGGUACUUGAGAUGGCUGUUUCCACUUAAUGAGGAGCUUUACAAGACCCAUAAUGAGAGAAGGGAUCACCUGACCAAGAAGAUCAUAGAAGAGCAUGCGAAGGCCCUUAAGGAAAGUGGUGGAAAGCAUCAUUUCGUGCAUGCACUGUUGACUCUCAGAGAACAGUAUGACCUUAGUGAUGACACAGUUUUCGGACUUCUAUGGGACAUCAUCACUACUGGCAUGGAUACAACAGUCAUAUCAGUCGAGUGGGCAAUGGCAGAGCUGGUCAGGUAUCCCAGGGUGCAGAAGAAGCUGCAAGAGGAGUUGGACAGUGUCAUCGGCCGUGACCGCGUCAUGUCCGAGACCGACUUCCAAAAACUGCCGUACUUGCUAGCCGUCGUCAAGGAGUCCCUCCGGUUGCACCCGGCAACGCCGCUCAUGCUGCCCCACAAGGCCAGCGCAAGCGUCAAGGUCGGCGACUACAACAUCCCAAAGGGCGCUGAUGUCACGGUGAAUGUGUGGGCGAUCGCUCGCAAUCCCGAUGUGUGGAGCAACCCGCUGGAGUACAGGCCGGAGCGUUUCCUGGAGGAGAGCAUUGACAUCAAGGGUGGUGACUUCAGGGUGCUCCCCUUCGGCGCGGGCCGGAGGGUGUGUCCUGGUGCGCAGCUGGGUAUCAACCUCGUGGCCUCCAUGAUCGGGCACCUUCUGCACCAUUUCGAGUGGUCUCUGCCAGAAGGCACCAUGCCGGAGUAUGUUGACAUGACGGAGUCCCCCGGAAUCGUCACGUUCAUGAGCACGCCGCUGCAGGCUGUCGCCAAGCCGCGCCUGGACAAGGAGGAGUUGUACAACAGGGUCCCGGUUGAGAUGUGAGCAAGGUUUUGAAUUUUGAAUGAUUUUUUUUCUCAUGGGGGACCAAGAUUCCAGGUUACCAUGGUAACCAUGAAAUACCAGACAAAUUAC